AAUAAAAAAAUUAUAAAAUCUUUCUUUGAUACAAAGUUUUCUUUAUUUAUUUUAUCAUUUUAACAACAACAACAACACAAUUAUCAUGGAUUUUUUCAUCAUGAAUAAAAUUGUGAAGAAAAAAAUGAUGUUUGUACUUUUUUUCUUUUCAUUUCUUGUUUUUAAAACUUUGGGUAUUGAGAGAGAAGUUUCUAUAGUUGAAUCAAUUUCUAUGAGAGAUGAUGUGAUAAAAAUGGCUGGUUAUGGAGAAGAAAAGCUUUCCACUGUUUUUAUUCAUGGAAAAAUUGUUUGUCAUGAGUAUGAUGAUCAUGGUUGUAACAAUAAUAUUAUCAAGGAUGAUAAUUUUGAACUUGGUUCAACACCUAUCCAAGGUGCAUCAGUAGGUGUAUUCUGUGGAUCAAGUGGAAAAACAAGAAGGUCAUGGGCAAGAAACACUACAGAUGAAGAUGGAGAUUUUCUUAUUGAUCUUCCUUCUCAUCUUCAUGCUAUUCCAAACUUGGAAAAAACAUGUCUUGUUAAAGUCCUUCAUCUGCCAAGAAACACCAUUUGUGAACAUGCUUUUAGAGGAAAACACAAAGGACUCGAGCUAAUUUCUAUCGGUGGAGGAAUCCGUACUUACACCACACAAACAAUUCAUCUGACCCCUAAAGUUACACAAAGGUGCAGAAAGAAAGUUGCUGUUAUGUGAUCAGGAGGCCAAAAAUUCAGCACGUCCAACGACUCAAAUCUGUUGGCGCUUUGAUCAGUCACAAACAUUGAGUCGUUGGAUGAAUCUUGAAACAUAACCUGCUGGUAUUAGCCCACAAUUUGUUGUUUGCUUCCUCCCACGACGAGUUUAUGUGUGUGUGUGUGUGUGUGUGUGUGUGAGAGAGAGAGAGAGAGAGAGAGAUGUAAAUAUAAGGUUUCUUCAUUCUUGUAUGAAUGAUGUGUAACAGGCACAUGUAUUUCCACUGAGAAUAUUAAAAGUAGCCUUUCAUAGCCA